GUCGCCCCUCCCCGCCCCCGCCCCGCCCGCGGAGGGGGGACGUCACUCGGCCGGCCUGAAACCCAAGAAGUGAAAGGGACGAGGAGUCCGCACCGCCAACUUCGCGGUGCUCAUUGCCAUUGGCCAUGCUCUCCACUUAGAAUAUGCUGGAACGCAGCCACAUAAGGCAUUCCUCUGUCAGCUGGGACACAAAGCCCCGUCAGAAAAUGGAGAGAUAGGGCUGGUCACUGCAGGAGUGCCUGAGGAAGCUCCCACCCUCUGUGGACAGACCUGCCCUCUCCAGCUUCAGCUCAUGCCCUUGUAACCAACCCGAUGGAUAGGAACAGAGAUGCUGAGAUGGAGCUGCGGCGGGGCCCCGAGGUGGAUGGGGACAAGACGGUAUGCCACAGCUGUUGCAUCUGCGGCAAGAGCUUCCCCUUCCAGAGCUCCCUGUCGCAGCACAUGCGCAAGCACACUGGGGAAAAGCCAUACAAGUGUCCCUACUGUGACCACAGGGCCUCCCAGAAGGGCAACCUCAAGAUUCACAUUCGGAGCCACCGGACAGGAACCCUGGUGCAGGGACACGAGCCAGAGGUGGGUGAGGCCCCGCUGGGUGAGCUUCGGGUGUCCGAGGGCCUGGACGGCUGCACUAGCCCCACAAAGAGCACCUCUGCCUGCAACAAGAUCCUGAAUGGGGCCUCGCCAGGGGACGGUGGCAAGAUCCUGCUGAGGAGCAGCCGCAAGGAGGUGGAUGCGGCCGGGGGUGGCGGCGAGGAGGGCCCAGCCUCCGCAGCGGUCUCGCAGUGCCCCUUCUGCAAGAGCGCUUUUGAGCGCAAGCGGGGUCUAGAGCAGCACCUGCAGCAGGCCCACAAGCCCUUCAAGUGCCGGCUCUGCAGCUACAUGACGCUGCGCGAGGAGUCGCUGCUGAGCCACAUCGAGAAGGACCACAUCACGGCACAGGUGCCUAACGGUGGGAGUGCCGACACAGCUGUAGAGAACGGCAGGAACGAGCUGCCAGCCGGAGAGUUCCCGUGCGAAGUGUGUGGCCAGGCCUUUAGCCAGACCUGGUUUCUGAAGGCGCACAUGAAGAAGCACCGCGGCUCCUUCGACCAUGGUUGCCACAUCUGCGGCCGCCGCUUCAAGGAGCCCUGGUUCCUCAAGAACCACAUGAAGGCGCAUGGCCCCAAGGGGGCAAGCAAGAACAGGCUACGGAGCGAGCUAGACCCCAUCGCCACCAUCAACAACGUGGUGCAGGAAGAGACCAUCGUCACCGGCCUGUCCCUCUACGAGGUUUGCACCAAGUGCGGGAACCUGUUUACAAACCUGGACAGCUUGAGCGCCCAUAAUGCAGUGCACCGGCGUGCGGAGGUGGGGCACGCGCAGGGCGCUGAGGAGGGCCCCGCAGAUGCGCAACAGCGUUUCCUCCAGUGCCUGAGCCUGCGGCCCGCGGGCCGGGGCGACGCGCGGGGCGCCACAGCCGGACGCAGGGUGGCUGAGCUGGACCCGGUCAGCAGCUACCAGGCCUGGCAGCUGGCCACGCGCGGCAAGGUGGCCGAGCCGGCCGAGUACCUCAAAUAUGGCGCCUGGGACGAGGCUGUAGGCAGCACCGACGUGGCCGUGGAGCGCGCACGCCGCGAGUUCGUGCUGGUCAGCCCCGACAAGCGCAAGCGCGAUCCCGCCGCACCCACCGCGCCCGGACACCCGCGCAAGAGGGCUGGUGGCCCGGGGGAGGCCGGCGCCGUGCUGCCCGCCGACCUCGACUACCGGCCGGCCUCGCGUCAGGGCCGGCGCGCCGCGGCGCAGAGCAAGUCGUCCGAGUGCUUCGAGUGCGGCAAGAUCUUCCGCACCUACCACCAGAUGGUGCUGCACUCGCGCGUGCACCGCCGUGCGCGCCGUGCCGCUCACGGCCACCCCGAGCCCAGCCCCGCCGCGCGUGCUCGCUGCGGCUCACUCAGCGAGGGCGACUCGGCCAGCGGGCCUAGCAGCCCCGGCUCGGCCAGCGCAGCCGACGACUCCCCGGGUUCCGGCCUGGCCGAUGAGGCCGCCGAUGACAGCGGCGAGGAGGGCGCGCCAGGGCCUGCGCCAGGGGGAAAGGCUUACCACUGCGGCUCUCCUGAGGAAGCAGCGCCGGCUGUGCUCACCAGUGGAGGCCAGAGCCACCCGUUUGGGGAUAAAGUGCCAGGAAAAGGUACCGGCGCCUCCAAAACGGGGAUCCCAGCUCCGGUCAGCUUACUUGAAAACAAUAGCAGAGAUACUUCCAGAAGACCAGAACCACACAGAUUCUCUCUUAACCUGAAAAUGCCAGCAUUUCACCCCAAGCCAGAGGGACCGGGUGACGCCACAGGGCGCCCUGCCAGCACAGAGUGCCCAGGCGUUAUGGACCCGAUGCUCCCCCUGGACAGACCGGCACGGCCCCCCCAGGAGAAGCCCCCCUCGGAUUCACUCAGCAGGGAGCCCCUGGGGGGCGGGCCGUGGGCCCCCGAGCCAACACCGCUGGACCUGAGCGCGCGGUCCUCGCGGGGUGCGGGUGGCAGGGAAGCGGCGUGUGCGCUGCAGGCGGCGCUGCCUGUGCACCCCUGUCCGUACUGCAGCCACCGGACCUACUACCCUGAGGUUCUCUGGAUGCAUAAGCGCAUUUGGCACCGCGUCAGCGGCAGCGCCGUGGCGCCCCCGUGGGUACAGCCCAAUGGCUACAAGAGCAUCAAGAACCACCUGGUGUUCCUGGCACGCAGUGGCCGCACUGGUCCCCCACCUGCGCUGGGCGGCAAGGAGUGCCAGCCGCUGCCCAUCGCUCGCUUUGCCCGUACUCAGGUGCCGGGCGGGGCACCGGCCCCCAGGGGUAGUUCCUCACCGCUACUGGGCGUGGCCACGAAGGCCACUGGGCCGUCCCGGGGCAAAGAGGGGGCUUCAGGGGGCCCCUGCGAGCAGUGGGCGUCCAGCCCCGACGGGCACCGCCAGGUCCGGCCCGGCCUUGCCCCUGGGCAGAGUGUGCCCGCGGCCCCUGCAGCGCAGCCCAGGCCCAAGCCGGAGCUCAGUGCCCAGCCCACCCCCGGGGGCGGUGCUUUCAGCAGAAGUGCCACCCCCACGCCGUCUGUCAUUGCCCGGGCUGGCCCGCCGGUCCCCAGCAAGCCAGGUGAAAAGCAGGGAGUUCCCCCCAUGGGACCCGGCCUGGUCUCCCCGCCCAAGCACAGUGCCCCGGACUCUGCGAAAGCCAAAUUCAGCCCCCCACCACCGUGUCAGCCUCCCGGGAAAGGCGACAGGGCAUCCCCUCUACCUCCCCGCGAGCCCCCCUCCAAGGCCGCCCCCGAGCCCAGGACGCUGGGCGGUGUUGGCGCGGUGGCCAGGGGCAGCGCGGCCGUGCAGGCUCAACCCUCGGCGGCCGGCGCGCCCCCUGAGCUACGCUCGGUCAAGCAGGAGCCAGCCGCUGAGGGCCACGAGAAACGCCUGGACAUCCUCAGCAUCUUCAAGACGUACAUUCCAAAGGACCUUGCCACUCUCUAUCAGAGCUGGGGCGCCAACGGCCCCACCCUGGAGCACCGAGGGACACUCCGGACUCCGGCCCGCCAGGGAGACCUCGUGUGCACGGAGUGCGGGAAAUGCUUCACCCAGCCCAGCCACCUCAGGGCCCACACGCGGGCGCAUGCAGUGCUAUUUGAGUCUAACGGACUCCGAGCUACUGAUGUUCACACCGCCUCCACCGACACCCCCAAACAAGGGAGAGUCCAUUCUAAUGCAGAUACCGUCCAGACAGUGCCUCUCAGAAAGGGGACCUAGAGACGAGUGUCCAGCACCCGCCAGGCCCCCCAAACAGCCGCUGACAGGACCCAUGGUUCCGACAGCCUCUCGCCCGUAACCCUGACAACCCCACGGAGGACCAGCUGAAGACUCCCUACCAGACACCUCAAGUCCUGGAGCCGUUGUGCUGGCAUGAAAACAGAAGGGACAUGCUUCUUCUUCUCCAGCCCCUAGAAAUAAAUGAAGAUGCUAUCCUCUAGAGUUCAUGUAUAUAUUCUGUAUGCAGAUAUGUGCUAAUCGACCAUAGUCCCAUAUUUUCUUAUCAUAUGCAGUGGUACUGGCAGGCGCUGUAGGAGCACAAGGCAUCUAUCUAUGUGAUUCGAGACGAGUUUGAGACACUGGAAAAACAAGACUUGUGUGUAUUGGACAGAAUGAAGACGCUAAGCUGUGACAGGGCCCUUCUGAUGCUCAGAGGACUGUUGAGAUAACGUCAGAAACAACAGUGGUGGGUUUGAGCUUGAUAAAGUAUUAAUACUACUGCCUCUCCUUGUCUUAGUGGAUAUUUAAGAGGGUAAAUAAAGGCGAGGGGAGGAGGUGGCGUUCAGGUGCUGUGGAAGCCGGGCUUGAGGGGCCGGGCCUGAGACGAGAUCUAAUUCCCAGCGGUUGGUUCCUUCAGGUACUGCAGGCCACUUGCAUUUUCCGUGUGCUUGUUCUCUUCUUUCCAUCAUUUGUACCACGUGAGUCCGGCGCAGGAAACAUGCCGUGGAAAUGCUUAGAUUCUGCUUCAGAAAAGAAAGCUAGUUGAACACUAAGAAAAGCAGGCUUCUUUAUUUACUCUCAGGACCUUUUUGUAACAGGGCUACACUUCUGCAGACCGCACACAAAGGAAGACUGCAUGUCUUAACAAAUCGCCCAGCCACUGACCCCUCCUGAUUCGGAUUGGUUUUAGUCACUGCAGAAGAAUCCUUGAGCAGCUUUGGGGCCCCGGGUCGCUAGGGUGCUUAUGCUAUGGAACCUUCUGCUUCCCCUCCUCUGCCUCCUCUCCACUGCCCCCCACAUGCACAUGGCCCCAGCAAGGGGCAUCUUUUUCUGCUUGGGCCUAGUGACCGCCAGAGGACGGGUAACCUCUCUCAUCAAGGCACAUACUCUCAGGAUGAUGGUAUGUCUGUCUCUUGUGUGGUGGUCACCAGACCCGUGGGUGGGGGGACAGCUUUAUAUACCUCUUCCUCCUAACUCUUUCAAAUGCAAGUUUGUGUGGUGGGGGUUAAGGCCUGUGACAAAGGAUCUUAAACCACGCAGUGUACGCAACUAAAACCGUAUUCCACAGAUGGAUUUUCUUUUCCAAUUACCGUGACACUAUGUGUGAUGGUGAUAUUUCUGAGAGUUUCAGAGUUUUGCACAUAUGAUUUUAUGCAUUAUCAAAAGUUACUGCUGCCUUGAAUGAAGAUGUUCUGUGAAAUUUUUUGCAAAAGCUUUACUAGGUUUUUUUUUUUUUAAUUGUGAACUUUUAUAAAGGCAGGAAAUGGAUUAAAACGAGCAUGCUAAAUAUAUUUUUCAAGAAAAGCAAUAAUUUUACAUGUACAGAAAUUAUCCUAAUCUUUAAUACUGGUGAGAGCAACAGUUUACUUAAUGCAGUAAUGGAUUUGUGCAGUUUUUGUAAGAAAUGGGCUUCUGAUACAAAGACUUCGUUUAAACACACACACACACAGACACAACUCUAUAGUGUGGUUUUCCUGUUCUAAUGAUUUGUUGAAUUAUAUUAUUAUUAUUAUUAUUGUUGUUAUUGUUAUUAGUUAAUGUUUGGUUCUGGAUUUUACUUGUUACUGAGUUUAAAUUACUUGACGGUUCAGCUUACCUUGCAACACGUGCAAACAAUGCAAUGUAACUGGCUAGCUUAUAUACAUCUGUAUGUAUUUUUUACACUUAUUUUUUCCUGAUAUUCUGACACCAGUAUGUUCCAGAAUGUUCUGCCAUGUUGGUGUAAUGAGGAAUGUCUGUGCAGAUAUAUGAAGCGACUUGUAACGGACUAUUCUGUAAAGUUAUCCUGAGCAACGUUGCAGAGACAACAUUCCCUCUGUUCACGUAAGAAAUCAAAAUAUCUUUCUGUUGAUUUAUGUGUGAUCAUCUGAGUAGUGUUCCCAAAGUGGUAAUUUCCACAUUUUCUGGCUUUUAUUUCCUUGGCUGAAAGUAAACGGUAACGGUUCAGGAAUGCACAGGAGCGAGUGAGCGAACCGGUCCUGUUUGUUUCUCUCUGUUUUAGUUAUUAAAAGAAAUUCUGUACCCAAA